UAAAGAAGCGCUGCAUCCCGAGGCUCGCGCACACGGAGCGAGAGAGACCGAGGCGACUCCAACGGAAAGCGGAAACAGCAAACUCUGGACGCAACUCUGAAGUGUGUUGGCGUGUGUAUAGCGACUGUAAACCAGGCUACGGGAUGGCUCUCUGCUGCUUGGCGUUUAGUUUGUUUUUUCAAGCUCUCCACGCUCAUGUUGAUUUCUUCACGUCCAUCGGUCAGAUGACAGACUUGCUGUACACAGAGAAAGACUUGGUGACAUCACUGAAAGAUUACAUCAGAGCAGAAGAGAACAAACUGGAACAGGUUAAGCAGUGGGUUGAGAAGUUGGACACACUGACGUCCACGGCAACGCAGGAUCCCGAGGGCUUCCUGGGGCACCCGGUCAACGCCUUCAAACUAGUGAAGAGACUCAACUCAGAGUGGGCUGAUCUGGAGAACCUGGUGUUGCAGGACACCAGCGAUGGGUUUAUUUCUAAUCUCACAGUACAGAGACAGCACUUCCCCACUGAUGAGGACCAGAAUGGAGUUGCCAAGGCUUUACUUCGGCUGCAGGACACGUACCAGCUGUCGGCCCACGACAUCUCAGCCGGAGACCUGCCUGGCGUUGUGUACAAGAGCCGUAUGACGGUAGAAGACUGCUUCGAGCUGGGUAAGAUCGCCUACUCCGAGGCCGAUUACUACCACACAGAGCUCUGGAUGGCACAAGCUCUCAGACAGCUGGACGAUGGUGAGGACUCCCCUGUAGACAAGGUGACCGUCAUGGACUACCUCAGUUACGCCAUCUACCAGCAGGGGGAGCUAGAACGCGCACUGGAGCUCACCAUGAGGAUGCUCAAACUGGACCCCACCCACCAGCGGGCCAACGGGAACAUGAAGUUUUUUGAGUUCCAGCUGGAGAAGCAGAGGAAGGUGGAGGAGGUGGAGGAGGUGGAGCAGUCGUCCGGCCAGAAGGAGGGAACGGCGAGACAGCUGGACAAACGCGAUGUCCAGAUGAAGCGCUCCAAGGACCCGCUGCCUGAGAGGAGGAGAUACGAACAGUUGUGCCGAGGAGAAGGAGUGAAGAUGACUCCGCGAAGGCGCAGCCGUCUCUUUUGCCGUUACUCCGACAACGGGCGCAAGCCUCAUCUGCUGUUGGCUCCUGUGAAGCAGGAGGAUGAGUGGGACCGCCCCCACAUCGUCCGUUUCUAUGACAUCAUCUCCGACUAUGAGAUUGAGAAGGUUAAAGAGCUGGCCAAGCCCAGGCUUCGUAGGGCCACCAUAUCCAACCCCAUCACAGGUGUGCUCGAGACCGCCUCCUACAGGAUCAGUAAGAGGCGCGCCACUGUACAUGACCCCAUUACAGGAAAACUCACCACUGCUCAGUACAGAGUCUCCAAGAGCGCUUGGCUAACUGGUCAUGACCACCCAGUGAUUUCUAAGAUAAACCAGCGUCUCGAGGAUGUCACAGGUCUAAACAUGGACACAGCAGAGGAGUUGCAGGUGGCGAACUACGGCGUUGGAGGACAAUAUGAACCCCACUUUGACUUCGGCAGGAAAGAUGAGCCGGACGCGUUUAAAGAACUGGGCACUGGAAACAGAAUAGCCACCUGGCUCUUCUAUAUGAGUGACGUGCCAGCAGGGGGCGCCACUGUGUUCACAGAUGUUGGGGCUGCAGUGUGGCCUAAAAAGGGAACAGCGGUGUUCUGGUAUAACCUGUUUGCCAGUGGGGAGGGCGACUAUAGCACACGACACGCUGCCUGCCCCGUCCUUGUGGGCAACAAGUGGGUGUCGAACAAGUGGAUCCAUGAGAGAGGCCAGGAAUUCCGUCGACCGUGCGGCCUCAGCGAGAUGGAAUGAUGAACAGAACGGCAUUCCUUCUCUUCCAUCAUUCCUUCUCUCCUUCUCCGUGCCUUCUCCCCACAAAGCCCCUGGGUGUCCCGAGCUCCCCGGACGUUGAUGGCCCCUUCCGCCCCCGAGGCUCAGAUGGAGAUCCCUGGGUAGAAGCUCUCACUGGUCAUGGGCUGGUGUUGUGGACGUGCGAUAAGCCUGGUCUUGUGCUGAAGUGGAAUAUCAGUGGAGCUUCACAAUCACGCGUCGUUUUUACUCUUGGGUUAGGACCUGAUCUGAGUUUAAGAAAAAUGGCCCAAAAAUAUAUAUAGGUGGAAAUUUUUUGCAUGAUAAGCAUGGAGGUGACUGUCUUUCUGUCUCUCAUCACUGUGCAAACACACACUCACAUGAUACAAUCAUUUUAGUUUUAACCUGUUUUAAGCCUUAACUUUAACCACUGAAACAAUCAAGCACUCCAAACUUAGAACAGCGUGAAGAGAGAGCUAUAGAGGUAGAGAACGAUGGUGGAAUUAUUUUCUGACCAAAAGAACUGAUUUCAAUACAAGCUGAAGCCUUAAUUCCAAAUGAGGGUUUGCACAUUCAACUUAUCCAAAUACAUCCAGUGUCUUGGGGUCAAAACUUUUUUUUUUUUUGCAAAGCAUUUUUUAUUUAAGAGGUCAAAAACUUUUUAAUGUGAUUUUUGUGUAUGGAAAUUUUGUUUUUAAAAGUGAUAUUUUCUACAGAAAUAAAAAUGAACGUGCCAGUGAUUGCCUGUUCUGUUCUUGCCCUGUGAACAGGGUCCUACGGCUGUGCUGUUCUAAGUGAUUGCCUGUUCUGUUCUUGCCCUGUGAACGGGGUCCUACGGCUGUGCUGUUCUAAGUGAUUGCCUGUUCUGUUCUUGCCCUGUGAACAGGGUCCUACGGCUGUGCUGUUCUAAGGUUGUCCAUCAGGUGACUGGUGCCCCCUCUUGUGUUCGUAUAAUGAAAUGCCGUCCAGCUGGAUGCUGG